UGCUUAACAGAAGUCCAAAAUGCAAACGCCUCACACGCUGCGCCUGUGUUCACUCAUAAGGGGAAAGCUUUUUUACUUGAAGACUAGAGCCGUGUACCCGUCAGCAGUUGAUGAUAUCACUUUUUGAGUAAUCUGCGCUUCCUAUAGUAAAAGGGUUGAAGUGAUGCUGUGAUAACGAUUUAAUGCUCGAGUCUUGUCCCAUCACCUUCAAAGUCUCAGAGGGGCUCGACUAACUCGCAUAUCUUGUGUCUUUCUCUCAGCGUCUCCUGUCUUGUUCACAUGUUCAAGAUGCUUACCCUGCUUAGUAUCGUGCUGCUCUCAUCACAUGUCCUUCCUCUGGUCCAAUCACUGAACUGUGCCAAAAUAACAGAAUACAUUGAAACCUUUGAGAAUCCUGUAAGAAGUCAAUGCUGCAAGAAUUGUGCACCAGGACAGUUUAUGGUGAAAAGAUGCACACCAGGAUCGCCUAAUACUGUGUGUGACACGUGCAACGAUGGCUACUUCACAGACGACUACAAUAUAAUGUUCCAUCGGUGCACACAGUGCAAAAAGUGCACCAAAGAACAUAUGAAGUAUGAGAAAAACUGCACGCUGACACGUGAUGCUGUGUGCACAUGCGAUGAUGGGUACAUAUGCAAUGGCAGCCAAUGCGAUACAUGUGUUGAGGUCAAGACCCCAAGACCUCCUACUAAACCAGCACCAUUUACUAAACACGCACCAUCCAGUAAACCAGAACCAUUCAGUAAACCAGACAAUGUGUGGAUCUUGGUGAGUCUGUGUUUUGCGUGUGUGUGUGUGUGCGUUCUGUUCACCUGUUUCCUUCUCAUCAGCAGACAUGCAUGGCCAUGCAAACGGAUUAUGUCCACAUCAAUCGGUCACUGGUUCCCCCAAAAGAGCUACUCCGGAUCCAGUGAGUGCACAGAGGAAGAAGAAGAGAAAGUACCGAUGCCAGUGCAGGAGGUGUGUGGAAAGGAUGAAAAACUGGAGGAAGCCUGAGAAGGACGAAGUUAGACGACCAUUGGUGCGUGUGUGGCUCGAGUAUUUAGACUAACACAAACCUGCUGCUGUCACACACUCAAGAGAAGAGUCUGUAGUCAGGCGGCCCGUCUGAAGGUUCUGUGAGAAUGACUGUCUGUCUAUGGAGACCAUCCUGAGAAAUAAAGACAGCGAGAGAUACACACUUCCCCACUGCACACAAAGACACUGAAUAUACAACACACAACUCUUUGCAAAUAUUGUGUACAUUUUCUGGUUGUGCUCGUGUAUUAUAAAUGGGUAGAGGAUGUAUGAUGUGUUCAUGUUUUUAUCGAGAUAAGAAUUUUGUUGUAUGUAUGUUUAAGGAGAACUGUAUAGCCUAACCUUUUUACGAUACUUUUGCCUUCGAGUAGUUCAAUGUACAAUGGACAUUGAGUGCAAGAAGAAUAUUGUUAAAGUAGUUCAUGUAGUGUGUCAAUAAAUAUAUAAGGUCAGAAAAGCUGCAUGCAUAACCAAUAUAUAAGAACAUGAAACACCACAGCCAAUUUCCCAAGUAUUACACUGUACUGUAUGAAUGUCAACAACCCACGUAUAAAAAUGGUAUUGUAUUUUAUUAUUUCCUGCGAUUCAUAUUAAAGUACUCAGGGAAAAAGCAUGGAAAAAAUAAUUUUUUAUUGAUGCUAUUGCACUUUACAAUCAAUAUCAUGUAUAAGUAUUUGUAUUUCUGCGAAAAUAAAACAUAUUAACAUAACAAAACAGCUUUGU